UCACUUAGAUCAAGAACUUGCUUUUCAUUUGCUUCUUAAAAAUGUCUUUUUCGUUCACUGCCAAACAGUUCACUCUCUUGGUCUUUCUAUGCUUAAUAGUUAUUCAAGAAUCUCAUGGAUGCUCUACCACCAGCUCAAAAUGCAUUUUACAAAAGGAAGUUGCUUCUGUGAGACUUCUAAACAGAAAGGCUUCAGGAAGCCAUUGGGGUGCAUUUGGAAAGAGAUACUACAAACAUGCAGAGAAGAUUAAUGAGAAGUUUGCUGAUUGGGAGCUAAGAGGAGUUCCAGCUGGUCCUGAUCCAUUGCAUCACAAUGGUGCUACUCCUAAGAAACCAAGGACUCCAUGAUGCAAGUAGUAACUUUGUUUUAGCUCUAUGUCUUAAGUUUUUAGUAAAAGGUAGUAUAUGGUUUGUGUCUUAAGUUUUUAGUAAAGGUUAGUAUAUAGGUUGAUGCAAAGUUGUCCUUUUUAUCAGUACUAAGAGAA